UGAAAAUGUCUACCUCAGAAUCAGUACAACCCCAAGACCCACUACCAGCCAACCCUCCCUUGCCAGCCCACUCACCGCUCGAAGUGGACGACUACAUAAAAGAUGUCAUAGAGGAAACAGUCCAGAAGACAUAUAAGAAGUACAUCCAGAUUACUUGCUGGGCGUUGAUAAUUAUAGUGAGCCUACUUGCCCUAGUCUCUUAUUUGAAUUUAACAGAAAGCAAUAGGGAAACUCAUAUGAAGGCUUGUGUAAAUUCGAUCAUUUUUGUAGUGAUGAUCUGUGUUGCUCUUAUGGUCAUGAGAUAUAAGCCGGUCUGGAUACUGUAUUUUGUACCGCUAGUGAUCGGAGUUUCAACUUAUUUAGCAGUUGAUCAUACUCUUACAAAAGAUUUUUAUAAACUAAGUGAACAUUUAUUAUCUAACUCAUGAUUCUGUCAUACAUUAGUAAUUCUUGUCCCAAACAAAUGGAAAUCAAGCUCACUCGUGUUUUCUUGUUUAAUGCUAUAUCUUGGAUAUGGAAUCUGGAAGAGCUAUAAUAUCUCAAAUGCUGAUAUUAUUACAAACGUGCUCUGUUCUUCAAUAUGGUUUACGCUAUCAAAUUAUUUAUUGAUGGUUAAAACCAGAGCAAUGUAUUCUGAGAUCUUGAAGAACAAAAAGCUUAUCAAUGAAAUGAAGAAAGUUCUCCAGAUCCUUCCUUUUGGUGUGGUCAUUUGGCCUUCAGAAAGUGAAGGAAAGUGGUUUACUAACCAAGAAUUCACACACAAGUUCACCAAAGUAAGAAAGGAUUUGGAAGAACUUAAUGAUCUCGAAAUCUCCUUCCCUUCAAAUUCCAAUAAAGAGUCAGAUAUAAGCUGUCUAUCUGAUUUAUUAAAAAUGCAGCAUAAAGCUCUCGACUCUACUGAUUUAAUGAUAGAGAAAGAAACCAAGAUUACUUGAAAUCCCCAAAAAGCUGAUCUAGCCAUUGAAGAAAAUGAAGAAACAGACAAGAGAAUAUGCAAUAUUAAAACUCUUAUGAUUGAGUGGGAAGGAGUCAACUCAUACAUGCAUGUGUUCAUAGAUAACACUGAUAUCAUAAAACUGCAAGAAGUCAAAAGGAGAGUUGAGCUUGAAGAAGCAAAUAACAACAUCAAGCUCCAGAAGCUGAUGUUUGCUAGUGCAUCUCAUGAGUUCAGGACUCCGCUCAACUCGAUCACCAACUCAAUAGACAUAGUUCUGAAUUCCUUUUAAUGUAAUUCAUGAUAUUGCUGAGCCAUACUUCAAGUACUUGGAAGAUGACCAGAGAGAAGAAAUAGACUCCAACGUUGAUAUAGUACAAAAGUUUGUAAAAAUAGGCAAGAGUUCAUCAAUGCUACUGCUGACUCUAAUCGAAGAUGUCCUCAAUCUCUCAAAAAUGGAAGCAGGUACAUUCAUGGUCAGCAAAGAGUUGUUCUCCAUCAGAGAAGUUUUGGAAGAAGUCUAUGAUAUCUUCUCGAUGCAAUGCGAGCAUAAAUAAACUUGGAUUCACACUAGAUAUGUGAAAUGAAAUUAGAGAUGGUCAGAUAUAUGCUGACAAGUCAAGAAUAAAGCAAGUCGUGUUGAACUUGAUUUCAAACUCAUUGAAAUUUACAUUUGAAGGUUCAAUUACAAUUGGAUGCAAAAUUGUGGAACAUGGAGACAAGAUGUUUGCAGAAUUCCAGGUAAGAGACACUGGAAUAGGGAUCAGUGCUAAAGAACAAGAUAAAUUGUUCAAGUUAUUUGGAAUGCUAACUGAUACUAAAUAAAAUCAACCCAAACGGUUCAGGAAUAGGUCUUACAGUUAGUAAAAAGUAUGUAGAAGCAAUGGGUGGUGAAAUCCACUUAAAAUCAGCCUGCAAAAUUGGCACAGAUGUAACUUUCUCCAUUCCUAUCGACGAAAACUCCACUAUACUCCCUCUUCUCCUAAACAACCCUUUAAUCUACCCUCCCACCUCCCUCGCCCAUCGCACCUUAUCUUCAUCCCCAGGUAUAAAACUCUGCUCUAAAGGUAAAUUCUUACAAAAAUAGCCGCAAAAGUGCCCUCAGGCACUCUAAAUUCC